UUGGCAAAAAUCAAAGCGGGUGAUUUCGAUUUGAUGCCAACCGGCAACCUGACGACACUAGCAACAAAUUUGUUGUCAAACAACUACAUGUAAAUUACAAGAUGUAUCUUGAGCCCUGUAUGCUCACUGUGGUAUUGCUGUACUGUGUCGGUGUGUACAAUUUAGCUGAAGGUCUGCAGUGUUACCGAUGUUCAAGUGAGGACACCAAUGAUAACUGCAUCGGAUCCAACAACAUUCAGACAUGCUCGAUCACCCAAGAUAGAUGUCUUACCCAAGUUACUUACUCAAGAGAGCGAGGAAAGUUGGGGAUUGAUAAAUCUUGUGCCUCUGUGCAAGGAUGCAGUGCAGCUAUUGAACAGUUGUCCAAGUACUACUUCUGUGACAAGUCCCGAGCUGGAUGGGGAUGUGUAGAAUGCUGCCAAGAGGACAGAUGCAAUGAAAGUAGAGGGGUUAACAUUCACCAGCAGUCCUGGAUUCCUUUGAUAACCAGCAUAGACACCUGGGUCCCGUUCAUCUCUGGGGUCUUCUGGAUACCUUCUGGAAGACUGCUAACGCCAGUUGGUCCAGCCUCGUUUUCAGAUGCACUGCUGUAAAUGCUAGAGCAUCAGGUGGAUUCUGCUUGGACUCUGAAUUCUGAUGCGGAAGGUCUACUUGAUUUUUAUUCGUACUUUGUGCAUGAUCUGCCUGAUCAGGUUGGUUCUCUGUGGAAAGUGUGUUAUUGUCUUGUGAAUUGUCCAGGUUGGCUUGAUCUGAAUGUUAACCAGUGGCAUUUGCUUGCUCCAGAGGGCGAUCAGCAAAAAAUCCAGGAAGAAACUCAUGAUCGCCAAAAAUAUGCCGGUUGAAAGAGUAGAUACCACAAACAUUUAAGCCUCUCUGGAUGUUAGAUGCUGUAGCUGCCAGUGGCAAGGCUUGCUUUACAAUUCUUGGAAUGUCGUAAAUGGACAUAUAUAGUCUUCCCGGGAUUUGACUUCAUCCAAGCAUCACAAGCUGAGUUGAUAUAUUGCUUUAGCAGCCCAUAGACACUGUGAUCUAAUGGUUGGAGCCUAUGGGAAGCAGUGUGGAGGCAAUGUGAGAAGUACUACACCAUUUUCGCGGCCCAGAUCAAUGAUGGAGAUCGAUACAUGCGAAUCAUGAUUGUAGAGAAUGAGAAGAACAGGUCGCUCUUUGUACAUUUUGUGGCCUUCAUGAAGUGCUGUAGGAAGAUCAAGAAAUCAUUGGAUUUCAUCCACCUGCUUGGUUUUGCAGACCCUAUGCAUCCCACUGGUCCAUCCCUGAUGAAAUGUUCACGGAAAUGCACACGUGGGAAUAUGAAGAUGGGUGGUAUUGCAUUCCCUGAUGCACUCACAGCAACACACAUUGUGACAAGGGUACCCUGCUCUGCAGAUGUGAUAGCUCCAACCUGUUCUACCCCCAACCUGUUCUACCCCCUUUCUUGCAACUAUAGGUCAGGCUUCUGUACUGUUGUUAUUCCUGUUUCAUGUUUUCAAAUGUAGAUUUCAUGAGGCUCAAAGUGGUGGUUUUUCAAGCACUCUGGCUUAAUUGUCAAAGAAAUCCCCAACAUUCUUACGGUUAAAGCUGGAAGCUCUGCUCAAACUGGUAGCUUCUUGUAAUCUAAUGGAGAGGUCUUUAUGCUUUUUCAAGAAUGUGGAAAACCAGUUCACAGCCGCCAUCUCAUUAUCUGUCCAAGCAGAUGGAAACUUCACGGUGUUUGCUUCAGCAAAUUCAUUGCCAGCUUUCUAACUUCUUUUGGCAAAAGGCCAUUGUACAUUUCAAACGAGCUUCUUGAUCUUCAUUAAAAACAAGCUUGCCAGACACGUAACCAAUUCUGGGUUUACGUUAACAUGAAUUUCUUUAUAAUCCAUAGGGGCUGGGGGUGAUUUAAUGCCUGAAAUGAUCAAAAGAGCCCUGAAAGCUAAAAAUGUAGCUGUGGAAAAUCCACAUUCAUAGCAUUGCACGUUAUUAGCUCAUGCAAUAUUGCAGAUUCAUGUAGCAAGGCUGUAAGCUGGGUAAAGUAACCCCAGUGCCCAGAUUAAAAAAAAAUAUCCUUGUUCCUUCCAUUCUAAAAUAUCUGCUAUGGACUCCCAUCAAAAUUUCUUACAAAUAACCAUGCCAUGGCCAUCAUUUCAUUUUUUUUAAACGGUCCCAAGACACAAUCAUUCAAAUUACAAAUGAUUUUGCGAAGUAGGGGCACUGUGCCUGUGCAAAUUUUGCGCACCAUACGAUGGCCUAGAUACAUUGAAAUAUUUUGGUGGCACAAACAGCAUUGAUCUUCUAAAGGGUUAGGAUUAGGGUUAGGGUGGCUGUCGCAAAAGGAAUUCUUUCCAAAUGUAACUUACCACGGGUUCUUGCCCUACGCCAAGAUGGUCAUCGACAUGAUGUGUAUAGCUGCCAUUGUUGUCUCUGUCCGACUCAUGUAGAUGCCCAACUUUAGAUCUCGAUCUUCUUGGUCAUCUAGAUUUAUGCUUGCACUGUCGUCAGCAACUCCUUGAACCCCAGAUGAUUCUAAUAUUGAUCCACCUGGAGGAUACACACUUGGUUUUCCUCCUAAAACUCUGCAAUCAGAACUUCAUGGUUCUGCAAUGUAGGGUAAUGUAACAUUCAAACUCUAUGUAACAGAAUGAUGCUGCGACACUAUAACCAACAAUACAUAUUCGCCUUUGCUAUGAAGCGAUUUACUUUUAAAUAGAUUUGUUUCAGUAUUUUUUAAUCUGAAACUCAUCAAUUUGACAGAGUUAACGAAAAUACUGCAAAGGUCUUGGCUCAAAUGGUGCCAAAAUCCCCCCACCCCCACCUUUAAGUUUAGUCCCUGAAUUAUAAAGAGCCAAAAGGACACCAAAUUUCAAUCCUAGAAAAUCACCAUAAAGACUACCUCUCUGUAUAAAGUUUUCAAGUAUAAUAUUUUACCACCUCUACAAGUCCAAGUACAACUGAAUAUGAUCUUUUUCUAAUGUGGUAGCUCGUUGUAGAAUUUCUUGUAGUCUGGGUGUGCAGGGGUAAUCCCGGAGCAAAGUGCCAUUAAGUCCUUUAUUUUCCCUGAGACAGCUUAGGAAGCCUGGACUCAUAUGCACCUAGCGUUGGAUCUUCUUCUAGUCCAUUUGAGCCUCGUCUUGUUCCCAGAAGUCUGAUAUGACAAAAGGCAUCCAUUGUAUGGGUGGUUUUGAAGAAGAUGCUGUCUUCAACCAUUUUCAUGACUUUAAUGGCCUAGAACUUAGUCCAGUCUACGGGUGUGCCAUCAUCUGCACUCGAAGGAUACCCUUCUUUUGGCUGUAUGUCUUCCAAUCUUGGAUGUCUGCAGAUGUUACAGAAGCAACCUUGUAUCUUGGUGGUGUUUCCUUUGCCAUUUGACAAAUGGUAGCCAACUGAGCUGGAAGACUAACCACGGCCCAUUUCAUUUUUCUUUUCAAAACCAAAAACUGCUGAAAUAUAACAAAGCCAUAACUCUUAAGUGCAUGGCAAAAACACUACACAUAUCAUCUAAACUGAGGCAAUAGAUAAUGCCCUCUCUUCAGUGUUCUAUUAAAAAUUAGUGGAUCAAUACACAUUUGAUUUUCCCAAUGGGUUUCUGUACUUUUACCAGGCUUGACACCCAUUCAGUUGGUUGUACAACAGGCACAAUGUAACCCUUUUUCUCUAAUGUGGUUAAUUCAUCCUUUAACCUAUCCUUUACUGGAAGAGGAACCCUCCUUGGUGGCAUCACUACUGGUGACACUGUUUCAUCUACCUGCAAGUGUACUUUUCCUGGCAUUUCCCUCUUCCACUAAAGACUUCAGGGUUUUCCUUAAUCAUCUUUAGUAGUAACAUAGCUUUCAUUAUUUCUAUCAGUAACUGAAUCUACCUGAGAGUUAUCUCUACACACUUUGAUUGUUUCCAUGAGCUGGGCUGUUUUGAGCCCAUUCACAGGAAUAGCAUGAUCCACAUCUACAACUACAAAGUGAACAUCAUAUUACUAAAGGCCCUAGCUGUCACAUCAUUCCGUGAGAGCCUUGCGAGUAAUCACUCGCAACUCACUUGCAAGGCUUGCAUGGAACGCAACAAAGUUUUGAGCAUGUUCAAAACUUUUCUGCGUGCAAAUCAGACUUGCGUGCGCUUCUGCGGUCAUCUGCGUGUGAGAUGUGUGCGAGAUACUGUCAAUGCGGGCAACCUGCGAGUAGCAAAAAUAGUUACCCGCAAGUCACACGCAAGGCUUGCACGGAACGAUGUGACAUUUUUUACAUUCUUCAUUGUUUGAGUGCACUCACCAACAGUUGUGAUUUUGGCUUUACCCCUGUACAGAGAAAGCUUCUCCUAAUACAUUUAUGCAUUUUAGCAUUACCUGGAAAUUUCUUCUUGGGCAAAACAUUGCAAGUUGCCCCACUAUCAGUUUGCAUCUGCAUCUUUUCCCCUUUAAAGGUCAAGUCCACCCCUUGAAAAUAUUGAUUUGAAUAAAUAGAGAAAAAUCAAACCAGCAUAUUGCUGAAAAUUUCAUCAAAAUCGGAUGUAAAAUAAGAAAGUUAUGGCAUUUUAAAGUUUCGCUUAUUUUUCACAAAACAGUGAUAUGCACAACUCAUUCACAUGCAAAUGGGUCAGUCAAUGAUGUCCAUCACUCACUAUUUCUUUUAUUUUUUAUUGUUUGAAUUAUACAAUAUUUCAAUUUUUACAGAUUUGACAAUAACGACCCACUUGACUGAACCAUAUAGUAUCAAACAAUGCCAAUUCCACAUGUUCAGGGAGGAAUAAUCGUUUCAUUUGACAAUGAGGAAAAAAUUAGAAUAUUUCAUAUCUCAUAUAAUAUAAAAAUACAAAGCAAAUAGUGAGUGGAUGACGUCAUCAGUCUCCUCCUUUGCAUACCAACCAGUAUGUUCAUUUAUAACUGUUUUGUGAUAUUAAGCGAAACUCUAAAAUGUUAUAACUUUCUUGCUUAACAAUGCUAUGACCUUACUAUCAAUGUCAGCCUUAUACACUUCUUUAUUAUCACUACAUGCUUAAUAUUCAUCUUAUACCAAUUUUGCUACAUGCUUCUUAGCCUUUGAUUGUGUAUGUUUCUUGUACCACUUUAGACUAAAAAACUUAUUUUCCCACACUUCGCACACACUUUCCCAUAAGCUGGGCAUU